AUGGAAAUUGCCUUGAAGGUGUCCGUGGGCUCUGUGGUUCUGUUGCAACAUCUUGACAUGCAAUUUCCCUUCAGGGUGUCCAGGGCUCUGUCGUUCUGUUGCAACAUCCUGACAUGGAAAUUCCCUUCAAGGUGUCCGUGGGCUCUGUCGUUCUGUUGCAACAUCUUGAAGGAAAUUCCCUUCAAGGUGUCCUUGGGCUCUGUGGUUCUGGUGCAACAUCUUGACAUGGAAAAGCACUUCAAGGUGUCCGUGGGCUCUGUGGUUCUUGUGGUUCUGUUGCAACAUCUUGACAAGGAAAUUCCCUUCAAGGUGUCCAUGGGCUCUUUUGUUCUGUUUCAACAUCUUGACAUGGAAAUUCUCUUGAAGGUGUCCUUGGGCUCUGUUGUUUUGUUGCAACACCUUGGCAUGGAAAUUCGCUUCAAGGUGUCCGUGGGCUCUGUGGUUCUGUUGCAACAUCAUGACAUGGGAAUUCCCUUCAAGGUUUCCGUGGGAUCUGUGGUUCUGAUGCAAAUUCUUGACAUGGAAAUUCCCUUCAAGGUGUCCUUGGGCUCUGUGGUUCUGUUGCAACAUCUUGACAUGGAAAUUAUGUGGAAGGUUUCCUUUGGCUCUGUCGUUCUGUUGCAACAUCACGACAUGGAAAUUCCCUUCAAGGUGUCCGUGGGCUCUGUGGUUCUGUUGCAACAUCUUGACAUGGAAAAGCACUUCAAGGUGUCCGUGCGCUUUGCGGUUCUGUUGCAACAUCUUGACAUGGAAAUUCCCUUCAAGGUUGUCUUGGGCUAUGUCGUUCUGCUGCAACAUCUUGACAUGGAAUUUCCAUUCAAGGUGUCCUUGGGCUCUGAGGUUCUGUGGCAACAUCUUGACAUGCAAAUUCCCUUCAAGGUGUUCGUGGGCUCUGUCGUUCUGUUGCAACAUCUUGACAUGGAAAUUCCCUUCAAGGUGUCCGUGGGCCCUGUAGUUCUGUUGCAACAUCUUGACAUGGAGGUUCCCUUCAAGGUGUCCGUGGGUCCUGUAGUUCUGUUGGAACAUCUUGACAUUCAAGUUCUCUUCAAGGUGUCCUUGGGCUCUGUUGUUCUGUUGCAACAUCUUGGCAUGGAAAUUCCCUUCAAGGUGUCCGCAGGAUUUGUCGUUGGCAACAUCUUGACAUGGAAAUUCCUUUCAAUGUGUCCGUGGGCUCUGUGGUUCUGUUGCAACAUCUUGACAUGGAAAUUCCUUUCAAGGUGUCCGCGGGAUUUGUCGUUGGCAACAUCUUGGCAUGGAAAUUCCCUUCAAGGUGUCCGCGGGACUUGUCGUGGGCAACAUCUUGACAAGGAAAUUCCGUUCAAGGUGUCCGUGGGCUCUGUGGUUCUGUUGCAACAUCUUGACAUGGAAACUCCCUUCAAGGUGUCCUUGGGCUCUGAGGUUCUGUUGCAACAUCUUGGCAUGGAAAUUCCCUUCAAGGUGUCCGUGGGCUCUGUGGCUCUGUUGCAACAUCUUGACAUGGAAAUUCCCUUCAAGGUGUCCGUGGGCUCUGUGGUUCUCUUGCAACAACUUGACAUGGAAAUUCCCUUCAAGGUGUCCGUGGGCUCUGUGGUUCUGUUGCAACAUCUUGACAUGGAAAUUCCCUUCAAGGUGUCCGUGGGCUUUGUGGUUCUGUUGCAACAUCUUGGCAUGGAAAUUCCUUUCAAGGUGUCAGUGCGCUUCGUGGUUCUGUUGCAAGAUCUUGACAUGGAAAUUCCCUUCAAGGUGUCCGUGGGCUCUGUGGUUCUCUGGCAACAUCUUGACAUGGAAAUUCCCUUCAAGGUGUCCGUGGGCUUUGUGGUUCUGUUGCAACAUCUUGACAUGGAAAUUCCCUUCAAGGUGUCCUUGGGCUCUGUUGUUCUGUUGCAACAUCUUGGCAUGGAAAUUCGCUUCAAG